AUGAAGCAAGAAAAAAUCAAUGGGCAUGAUGCUGCAACUAAUACAAGUUUAGAUGAAAAAUCUUACAUAUUUAUUGAAGAAAUCAGUAAUUUAAGUAAUUUUAGCGAUAAUCAUCAAACAAAAGCAUCAUUAAAUGAACAUAAAGCUAUUAUUUUUACUAAAAAAGGACCUUACAAAUGUAAAGUAUGCAAUAAAACAUUCACAUUUAGUGGAAAUUUAAGCGAACAUAAAAAAGUCCACUCUGGAGAACGUCCUUACAGUUGUGAAAUGUGUCAUAAAACAUUUGCAACAAAACGAUAUUUAAAACAACAUGAAGUUGUUCACACUGAGGAAAGACAUGAAUGUAAAAUAUGCAAAAAAACAUUUUCAAGAAGGACAUCAUUAAACACACAUAAAAAGAUUCAUACUGGAACACAUCAGUCAUCAAAGCAUACUGAAGGACCUUUUAGUUGCAAAAUAUGCAAUAAAACAUUCAAAAUAAAGUGUCAUAUAAAAGAGCAUGAAAUGAUUCACACUGUAGAACUUCCUUACAGUUGUGAAAUAUGUCAUAAAGCAUUCAAAAUAAAGCAGAAUUUAAAACAACAUAAAGCAAUUCACACUGGAGAAAGACCCCAUAAGUGCAAUAUAUGCAAUGAAACAUUCACAACAAAAAGAUCAUUAAGACUACAUGAGAUUUAUCACACCGGAGUGCGUCCUUAUAGUUGUGAAAUAUGCAAUAAAACAUUCACAGCGAAAACAUCAUUAAGUCGACAUAAAAUGAUUCACACUGGGGAACGUCCUUAUAGUUGUGGAAUUUGCAAUAAAGCAUUUCCAAUAAUAGAUGCAUUAAGACAACAUGUAAAAGGAGUGCAUUGUGGAAUACGUCCUGUGAGAAAACGUUUAAAAAAAGGUUUGCAUUUGCCGGAAACUAUCCAACCUUAA